CGGUGAUGAACAUGAUGGAGAGGACGUCAAGCCGAAAACAAAACAUGGCUUUGUUCCCGGCUUGGCCGCUCCCAAAAUCCCAGAUGGAGAAAAAGUCGACUUCGAUGACAUUCAUCGCAAACGUAUGGAGAAAGACCUGAACGAGCUGCAGACUCUGAUCGAGGCUCAUUUUGAGAGCCGCAAGAAAGAAGAGGAGGAGCUUCUGAACCUGACUGAUCGGAUCGAGAAGCGUCGGUCGGAGCGCGCCGAGCAGAUGAAGAUCAGAGCGGAGAGGGAGCGAGAGCGGCAGAACAAAAUGGCGGAAGAAAAGGCUCGAAAAGAGGAGGAAGAGAUGAAGAAGAGAGCCGACGACGAUGCCAGGAAGAAGUUGAUUCUUUCCAACCUGAGUUUCACCGGAUAUAAGACACAAACCGGGACAAAAAGACAAACAGAGAGAGAAAAGAAAAAGAAGAUUCUGAGCGACCGCCGUAAGGAACUGAACAUCGAGCACAUGAGGGAGGACAAACUCAAGGAGAAAGCAAAGGAGCUGGUGGACUGGCUGCGACAGCUGGAAGCAGAGAAGUUUGAGCUGCAGCACACUUACGCCAAGCAGAAGUAUGAGGUCACCGUGCUGAGGAACCGGGUCAGCGAUCACCAGAAAGUUUCAAAGGGCGGCAGAACCAAGAGAGGCCUGAGGAAAUAGUACCUGCAGCGCUGACUGGAGGGAAACUGUGGCAGCGUACCAAAGUCCCAGGAUCACCCGGAGAAUGAAACAAAUCCCAUUAGCAUUUGGAAAAACAAAACAAAAAAAAACUGAAGCUGCAUCAAUAAAGCUAUCGUUGUGUAACCAUG